AUGGAAGCAUUGAGAGCUUCUUACGGUGACUCUUCAUCGGACUCCGAUACCGACGAUCUUUCUCCGGCGGUUUCCGCUUCUGCAAAUUCCGGCGAGAAAUCAAUCGCUGGGAGGGAAUCGAUUUCUCUACCUCCUCCGCCACUUGACCUUCUUGAUUCCAUUGGAUCCACAGGUUCGGUUGAUUUCUACUCAACAGAGCCUGGGGUUCGAGUAAGGAACUUUCCUCAUGUCGAUGGAAAUUACGCCUUGCACGUUUACAUCCCUGUUUCUAUACCUCUAUUGCCAAAGAAGGAGAUUGUCUAUUUCUUGAAGAGGGUUGCAUCGGUUGUUCCUCAUCUUCAUUUGGUGGAGGCUGAUGUUCCACUCAGCAUUCUAUGCAAGGAUGAACAGAAGCUUGAGCAUGCCUUGGGGAGGGAGUUCCACAUAAGCUUGGGAAGAAGCGUGCCUCUACGUGUUCAUCAGAUUAACUCAGUGGUUUCUUUGCUUCGGCAAAAACUACAGUUUCAGAAGAGAUAUUGGAUCGAUUUUAAUAAGUGGGAAGGCUUUGUGAAUGACGACUGUACUCGCUCUUUCCUUUCUUUAGAAAUCACCACUUCAGGACUCUCCGAGAUAAGUAAGCAAAUUGAUGCUGUUAAUGAAGUUUACAAGCUUCACAAUUUGCCAGAGUUCUACAAGGAUCCGCGGCCGCAUAUAUCCUUGGUCUGGGCGUUGGGUGAUAUUAGAACUUCGCUAAAGGGAGCUGUUGACAGGGAACUGAGGAAGCUUAGAGCUGGUGACUGCGUGCAGAAUCGUAUCUUCACCUCUAAGUUUGGUGGGAUUAUAUGUAAGAUAGGAAACAAAACACACAAAAUAUGUAACCUCCCAGAUGAAUAA